CUGUUUUCGUGCCACUGUAUAUCAUUUGAUGAUAUAAAAUAUCUAUAGAAAAUUUUACCAACACUUGUCAGUUCGAGUGUCCUACCCAAUUUAUAUGUGAUGAUAGGACAAGAGCGUCCUCACUGUUGCAAAUGGUCAAUUUCGACAACCAAAUGGUCCCCAUGUUCCUGAGACUGGUGCCUCUGAAAUUUAGCUUUGUCAUAAAUUAUCAAUUCACUCAUGAUGAUAACGCUGAUUUCAAAUACUGUAAGAAGAAAACUGAUAUCCCAGUCCAAAUCUGACUUUGGACAGGUGUGGCAGCUAGGUGUCUGCUAGUAUUUAUACUUGUCUAUCCUCUACAACAUUCAUUUUAUUUAUCCUAUCUGAAAUGUGCUUUCUCCACUUUAGCCCGAGUACUCUGCUGUUUGAGAGCUAGAUGGACAUUUGGACGGUGAUUGUUGAAGUGAAGUGUACAUUUCAGAAGAUUGGUGAUGUUGAUACCGUGACUCAGGAGUUUGAAGCUGAGGGUUUCAUCCAGUCAAAAUGGGAGGAACCAUUACUGGAUCACAUACAAGAAAAAAAUAUACAAUCGUUUGACGCAAACAAGUUUUGGGAUCCACAGCUUGUUAUUCUAAAUGUGAUAGGUGACUUAUAUCAAGACCACAAAUCCUACACCGUCCGACUGCAUGAGCCUGGGUAUGAUCAUGCACUCAUUAUUCAAUUCUGGAGGUUCAAGGGCAAAUUCCAGGAGUAUUUUGAACUUGAACAUUUCCCUUUUGAUGUCCAGGAUUUGACAAUCCAGCUGUCCUCGGACCGACGCACUGAGCAAAUCCACAUAAUAGAAGAUGAGCAAGAACUGAGCGCUGUGAAUAUCAACAUGUUUCUUGAUUGCCAGGAAUGGUCUAUCUAUGAGCACGUGGAACUCAUACAGGACAUAUCGACACGAGAGUUUUCUCGACACAUAGAUCACUCCGUGCUGCACAUACUGAUUCGGGUACGCAGGAAAAGUGGCUGCUACUUGUGGAAUGUUGUGUUUAUCAUGUUUAUGAUUAAAUUACUGACAUUUGCCACCUGGGGGAUUAAUCCGGAUAUUCCAGACAGAGUGAUGCUGAUUGCAACUUUGUUUUUGACAGCCGUCACCUUCAAGUUUGUUGUCAGUUCAAGUCUACCAGUUAUAUCCUACCUGACAUACCUGGAUAAGUACAUUCUGUUGUCUUUGGUAUUCCUGUUGCUGCAGUCUAUAGAGAGUGCAUCUGUGUCCGAACUGACCAAGAUAUAUGACAUGGACACGGUUGUAGAAUAUGAUUUAUAUGCCAUGGGUGGACUCCUCCUUCUACUUAUAGUCUUUCAUGUUGGCUUUGCAAUCUACAUCCAUAAAACAGCUUUGAGGAAAAGACGACUUAUGAAGAAGAAAGAUAGAUUAGCAUACGAAACAAAAGGCAAUUGCAGAAAAAAUUUAACCAGCGCGUUAACAUGGAACAAGUGCAGAAGUACAAACGACUUUGAAAACAUAUGCCACCCUCAGUUAAUAUAUGUUACCUUUGAAAUGAAAUGCUUGUUAUUGUGUAGGGAUACAGGCCUGUAGGAAUUGUACAGUUUGUGUCCUAUAAUAAUGAUAAAAAUGUCUUGUGACCCCCCGCCCCUCGAGACUAUACUCCCCUUCACAAGAGAUGGUGCUGUCACCCCCACCCCCACCCCACCCCAGAUGUCAUUCAUAGGGCCUGGGAUAAGGCGCAACCUAGGUGAGUGGAAAUUACUGGGGACGAGUAAAGUUUAAAUAAUGGGCUAGUUGAUAUGUUCCAAGAUAUUUUGUUUUGUUUUGUUUUUCACCAGUACUUUAUUUUAUUAUUUUUAAGAUUGGCAGGUCUGUAAUAAAUGUAGUAAUAAUAAAACAAUGAAUUACUGUUUGGUUUCCGAGAUAAAUCACAAAUGUUAUAUGUCUGUUGGUCAUAUGGUUUCAAUCAGUAAGGGGUAGAUGUCUAAUGUUUUUUUAUGUGAACCAGUAACUUUUCUAGGCUGCAAGUCUGGCCAAUUGAAAUAUAUGUCUUAAUUUGUGACCAUAUUGUACAUGACAAGUACAGUAUCCCAUGGGCGGAUCCAAGGGGGGGGACCAGGGGGACGCGUCCCCCCCAAAAAUUGUUCAAGUGCCCUCAAAAUGUCCAAGUGCCCUUUUUGUUUGUAGAAUUUUUUUUUUUUUAA